GGGGAGGUCUUGGUCACUAUAUAUACCGGGGUCAGAGGCACCCCGACUCACUCAUCUUCCAGCUGCCGUACUCACACGUCGCCAGCAUGCGUCACUUCGUGGUCUUGGCCGCCCUGGUGUUGGCUGUCUGCGUCCUGACUCCGUCACACGCCCACCGUCCCUAUGGUGGCAGUAAAGGAGGCAUCGGUGGUGGCCAUGGGGGUGGCAGUGGUGGCUUUGGAGGCGGUGGUGGCUUUGGAGGAGGUGGUUUGGGAGGUGGUAAGCCCAUUGGCAUUGGUGGUGGUGGUGGUUUUGGAGGAGGAAGUGGCUUUGGAGGAGGUGUAGGUCUCAAGCCCAAUGUAGGAGGCGGUGGUGGCUUUGGAGGAGGUAUAGGUCUCAAGCCCAAUGUAGGAGGCGGUGGUGGCUUUGGAGGAGGCGGUGGUGGCUUUGGAGGAGGCGGUGGUGGCUUUGGAGGUGGCUUUGGAGGUGGUAAGCUCACUGGCGGUGGAAUUGGAGGAGGCGGUGGUGGCUUUGGCGGAAGCAAAGGCUACGGAAAGUAAACCACUAUAGCACUUACCCCUUACUCCACCCUGCACAAGACCAAGUUUACAGUUCUAUAUUCCACGAGAAGAAACAGCUCAGAGGAUUUACUCGAGAACUACAACAGUUGGGCGGAUCACCGAUGCCUCUGACCUGCUCUACAACGUCUGUUUGUAUCGAAGAAAUAUCUCCAUCACUGAAAUGAAAAUAAGUUGAAAUGAGGUGUAAAUACACACACAAAGGGAUGAGGCAGUUCAGGCUAUUCUCACCUCGUUCGAACCUCUUAUCAUGUACUUGCUCUCUCGUUAUUGAUGAGGAGAAAAACGUGGUCACAUUUUUUGUCAUUCAGUAUUAUCCAAAAAUUUUUUUUAUAUGAGAUCUCUUAGAUGGAAAAUAUUAAACAUAAUUUAUGUUUCAAUUUGUUUUGGGAUGCAUAAAAAUGUAAAAACUUAUGUAUUUUUUUUUUAUUUUGCUAUGAAAUAUUUAAAUGUGUGAAGAUAAACUUGUCAUUUUUCC